ACAUGUCCGUUUGCUGCAGGGGUUGUCUUUAUAUCUAUUGGCUUAAAAGAAAUAAACAAAAUAUGCAAUUUGGUCAAACUUUAGCACACAACUGUUUUAUCGAGCUUGAACUGCUCGCUACCGCCAUCUACUGAUUUCAGUGCAACCAGCCAGUAGUUUGGCUAUAAUUGACCUAAAUGUGAUGUGCUUUUUGAACAGCAUGUAUGGCAAAUUGCACGCUGGGCCGCUUUUAAAAGGUUCUACUUGAGUUAAAAACUAUGACUGUGCUUAUUAUUUGGCAAUCAACCAGAAUAUUCGGAACAGUAGCGAAAACACGGGGAUUCAGCGCAAAGAUGGAUGUGGUUUAUGUUUAGUUACACCAACAUUAAAAUACACAGCUUGGCGUGCGGGGAUGUUGAAGGCAGACUGAAUGCUCUGUUCAGUCGUGUCCAGGCCAUCCAGAAGAAGACUGGACAGUUUGAUUUGCUGUUGUGUGUUGGAGAGUUUUUUGGAACGACACCAGAGGCCGAAGCAGAGUGGCAGGAGUACAAAACUAGAGAAAAGAAAGCUCCCAUCCACACUUUCAUCCUGGGAGCAGCAAGCCAGGAGACGCUGAAGAACUUCCCCAGUAUUGACGGCUGCGAGCUGGCUGAGAACAUCACGUAUCUGGGUCGUCGAGGGGUGUUCACAGGCGUGUCAGGACUACAGAUUGUCUACGUCAGCGGCCGGGAGGCCCUACAGGAGCCGGCCCCGGCUCACUGCUUCACAUCCAAAGAUCUGUCAGCACUCGUGGCUCCGCUGACCAGCAGCUCCAAGUUCAGAGGGGUCGACAUUUUGCUGACGUCACAGUGGCCCCGAGGAGUGUGGCACUACGCAAACAACCCCGAAGUGAACACAAAACUUUGUGGGAGCAGUUCAGUGGCCAGCCUCGCAGAAAAACUGAGACCACGAUACCACUUUGCUGCACUAGAGGGCGCUCACUAUGAGAGACUCCCUUACAGAAAUCAUGUUGUUCUCCAGGAAAACGCUCAGCACGUCAGCCGCUUCAUCGCACUGGCGCCCGUCAACAACCCAGCCAAGAAGAAGUACCUGUACGCCUUCAACAUAAUCCCCAUGAAGGUCAUGGACCCAUCAGAGCUGGUGAAGCAGCCACAGGAUGUGACAGAAAACCCCUACAGGCGCUCCACGAAAGACACAACAGACACACAAAAGACAGGCCUGAACACCACAGAAGAAGAGGAGCCGCCCCAUCAGUUCUUCUUUGACCUGAGCACGAAGCAGGGCGGGGGUCCUUGGGGCCGCGGCAGGAAGAGACAGACAGGCAGAGAAGGACGAGAGCAGCAGCAUGACGGAGACGGACACCACCGGGGGCAGCCCAAACAGCCCCGCAGACACCCUCAGCCAUCUGGUCCCUGCUGGUUCUGUCUGGCCAGUCCUCAGGUGGAGAAACACCUGGUCUUCAGCAUCGGAACACAUUGCUACCUGGCUCUGGCCAAAGGCGGGCUGACUCCUCGCCAUGUGCUGAUCCUCCCCAUCGGUCACUACCAGUCCGUGGUGGAGCUGAGCUCAGAGGUGGUGGAGGAGAUGGAGAAAUACAAGGCGGCCCUGAGGAGCUUCUACAGGAGCAAAGGAGAGCGCUGUGUGCUGUUUGAGAGAAAUUACAAAAGCCAACACCUGCAGCUACAGGUCGUCCCAGUGCCGCUGGACCGCUGCAUCACAGAGGACAUCAAGGACGCGUUCACGGUCCACGCUCAGGAGCAACAGAUGGAGCUGAUGGAGAUCCCUCAACACACAGACCUCAAACAGAUUGCCCCUCCAGGGACGCCGUACUUCUAUGUGGAGCUGGACUCAGGGGAGAAACUCUUCUACCGCAUCCAGAAACAUUUUCCUCUGCAGUUUGGAAGGGAGGUUCUGGCCAGCGAGGCUGUGCUGAACAUCCCCACUCGAGCCGACUGGAGGGAGUGCAAACAGAGCCGAGAGGAGGAGGAGGAGAGCUGCAAACUGAUGAGAGACGACUUCCAGCCGUACGAUUUCGCUUGGGACGCCUAACACCACCACCACCCCACACACACACACACACACACACACUGCGUCUUUACAGUUUUUCUCCUCUGCUCAACCCUUAUUUUAAUGUACAGUUAGAGCAUCAGCUUGGCACCACUCUCCUGUCAGGUAAAUAUUUAGCCUUAGUUAACUUGGCAUAAAGGCUGGAAACGGCGAGCCUGGCGCUGUCCAGAAGAAAUCCUUCUACCAGGACCAACACGUCCACGGAUUUCUUUGACAUUUCCCCGUUUCCAGUCUUUUUGCUAAGAUAACCGGCUCUGUACUUCUGUUGCACAGAAACUCACGUUUCCCCCCCAAAAAGUAGAUUUGUUCCCUUAAGUCACUAAGUGUUGGAGGGAGCCGAGAUAUUUGCAGCAAGUUUUUUUUUUUAUAGAUCAUGAAAAAAAAAGUUUUAAUUUUUUUUUUUU